UACAAUCAAAAAGGAAGGAAGGGAAGAGGAAACUGACCAUGAGGUAGGGGAGUUGGGGGGACAGAGACUGGAAAUGUACCCCUGCAGCAGCUCAGAGCAUCCCAGUUCCAUCAGCCUCCAGCGCAGACUCAGCUCCUGCCCGCCUCCACUGCUUUGGUGCAGGGCACGGACACCGCAGUGAGCAGAGCAGGCAGGCCUCAGCCCCCAGAGCUCACAGUCUGGUUAGAAGACAGACCCUAAAGGAGAACUGACAAGAGAGUUAUGUGACCUCAGGGAUCAGAGAGAGGAAGCUAUGAGGUGCCUACAAGGGGGAACCAAUUGAGGGCAGGCUUCCUGAAGGAAGAAGUAGUAGAGUAAAAGAAAAAGAGAGCGAGCUGGUCAGGCUGAGAGUAGUGGGAAGGGGGUAUAGGGUCAAUGAGAGCUGCUGCUUGUAGGCCUGGAGAGAAUUCACGGUAGCUGGAACAGAAUGACCUUGGGGGAGCAGAGGACUGUGAGGGGAGGAGGAAGGUAUGUGAGGGGAGGAACAGAGCCUGAAGGUCUUGUGGGUCAUGUUAGAGAGUCUGGAGUUUAUCCUUGGGGUAGGAGGAUGCCCAUGGAUGUUUCACAAGAAUUCAAAUAGAGGGAUGUGAAAGAUAUAUAGAGUCCCGGCCCUGCUACUUAACAGCUGGGUCAUCUUGGGCAGAUUAAUAAUUGUAAAUAACAGCAGUUAAUAUUUGCUGGGUGCUUACAAUGAGGUAUUGUAUCCACCCCAACUUCCCUACCCCACAUGCAAUUCUCCCUUCCCCGAAAACUCCCAAUAGAGGAAGUAUCUCAUUUCAUCCUCCCAAUAGCCCUGAGAGGUAGUUGUUGUUAUUACUGUUGUUAUCCUGAUUUAACAGAUGGAUAUCUGCAGCCCAGAAACAUUAGGAAAUGUCUUUCCUGAAGUCACACAGCCAGUUAGCCUCAGGUUUCUCAUCUGUGAAGUGGGGCUAAUAGGACUCACCCAUAGGGUUGUUGCCAGAAUUAAAUGAGAUGAUGUUUAUUAAUUAAGUACAAUGCCUGGCAUAGAAAGCACUUGAUAAAGGACAGUUUUUAGUAUUGUCAGGUGACUGAAGUUUCAAGAGGGGUAAUGCUGUUAUUGAAUGAAGAACAGAUCAUGGGACUUCCCUGGUGGUCCAGUGGCUAAGAUGCCACGCUCCCGAUGCAGGGGGCCCAGGUUCCAUCCCUGGUCAGGGAACUAAGAUCCCACAUGUCGCAACUAAAGAUCCUGAGUGCCGCAGCUAAGUCCCAGUGCAGCCAAAUAAAUAAAACUAAAAACAAACAAACAAACAGAUCAUUGUGGGUUAGCAUGGAGACAGGGAAUCCAUUAGGAAGCUGUUGUAGGAUUCUAGGUGAGAACCAGUGAUGGCUUGAACUUGAGUUCUAGCUGAGGGGGUGGAUGUGAUGGGACAGAUGCCAGAGAUGGCAGGAGUAGGUGACUGAGUAGAUGUGUUGGUGAGGCAUCCAGGAUGAUUCUUAGUUUCUGUCUUAAACAACUGGAUACAUAGAUGAUGGGCCUGUCAUGGAGAGAGAAGGGAGAGUCAGGUUUGAGGAGCAAAGUGGUGACUUUAGUUUGGGGACUUCAAAUUCAGCACAUCCCUAGUAACUCACUCCAGUUUGUUACUCAGCUUCCGGGAGGCAUCAGGCAGGCAGCUGGAUGAACAGGCCUGGUGCUCAGAACGGUUUGGGCAAGGAAGAGAGAAGGAAGCUGGGAACCUUUAGAUGGCAUUGAGCUGUGCGAGAGGGGCCCAGUCCAUGAGUGGGGAGGAGGAUGAGGACAAUUUGGGGAUGGGGAGAAACACAGAUCCCCUGUGGGAAAGUAAGAUGUGCAGCCAGAGGGAGAGGUAGAAAGCCAGGGACGUGUUCCUUGAAAUCCAAAGAAGGAAAGGCUUGAGGAAGAGGAAGAGAACUGCCCAGUGAAAAGCUUUGCUCAGAUCAAGCAGGAUAAGGACUAAACAUUGAACAGGCAAUUCAGAGGCGGGGAAGUCACUGGAAACCUUGUCAUCCAGACCAGUCAGGAAUGCUGGGUACAGAAACUAGACAGAGUAGGAAGAGGAGUGGGUGGAUGGGGAGAGGAGGUGGAGGUGGACACACCUCUUCAAGAAACUUGGCUCUGAAAGAGCCAAAUAGGGUGAGGGGUGGGGUAGCUGGAAAGAGACUGGGAGUCCACAGAGGGGUCAUUUCUUUUUAUAGUUGAUUUAUUUACAGUUAGCUUUGUAUUGAAAUAGAAUAUUCACACAGAAAGGGUACAUGCCCUAAGUGGACAGCUCACAGUACAUUUUCACAAAGGAACACACCCAUCUAGGAUCAGGAAAUAGAACCCAGAUUAGGAGACAGAACAUACUCAGUACCCUGUCAGCCCCCUUGGGCUCCCUUCCAGUCACUGCUCCCCAGGGCUAGUGUCACUGCUAUUAAUAGUCACUACUAUUCUGACUUCUGCCACCAUAGGUUAACUGUUUUUGAACGUCAUAUCAACUCAUACAUAUAUCCUCUCUUGUGGUCUUUCUUCUUUCACUCAACAUUAUGUCUGUAGGAUUCAUCCCUGUUGUUGCAUGUAAUUGUAUAUUGUUCAUUCUUUUCAUUGUAUAACAUUCUAUUAUAUUUACUGGUGGGCAUUUGGGUAUUUCCAGGGUUGUUUUCACCUUUUAUGUGGGAGUGACUGGAACUUGUUUGAGGUUUGUGGUGAAAGACUGAAACAUCUUCCAUGGGAAGGGAGAGGGAUGGCUAGGGCCACACGUGAGGAUUUCCCGCAUGGGAAACAAGAGCCUGGCUGAGGUUGAGACUUGUUCUUUUCCAGCCCAGCUGCUGUGCCAAGACCUCUGGUGGCUCCCGCUAGCCUGUGUGCAGGUGCAGAGAAGGCAGGGGAUUGGGUUGCCCAGGGUUGGUUUCUGCCAGGUAAGGGAGUAGCCCAGAGUGCCGGGGAUAUUGGUAGCAGGCAGGCAAGCUGGAGUGGUGGCUGCAGAUCCAGGCUGGGGAGAAGGCUGUGCUGGGAACGUGGGAUGGAGGUGGCAGGGAGAAAGGAAGCAGAGGCAGGUUAUGAGCUUUGUGCAGGGCCAUGUCUGUGCAAUAAGUGCUGCCUCUCCAGCGACUAGAAUAAGAUUGUUACUUAGUAAACAGUUGAAUAAAUGAGCUGAGAGCUUCAGGAGGUCUCAGGUAGAAGGCAGGUGAGGUGGGGGUGAUGGAGAGAGCCUGAAAGUUGUGGUCAGUGUGGUUCUGAUUUAGGAAGGGGGGCACUCUAGAGCCAGGUGAUGAGGCUGGGGUCUUCAAAUGGAGGGUGGCUGCAGGGAGCAGAGAGAGGUGGGCAAUCCACAGGAAUCAAUAGCUGCCAGAGGAGGGGGGCACAGCACUGUCUUCAAGGAGGGAGGGGGAAAUAGCACUUCUCAUACUAGGAUCCUAGGACAUCUUGCAUCUGCAUCUGUUUCCGGGGGUGGGGGUGUCUGACUGGAAAUGCAGAUGCCUGGGCCCACCUCAGUCUUUUGAGGAGAAAGUAAGCCCAGGACGGCUGAAUGGAGCAUCAGGGAGCAGGAGUGUUUACGGGGUGGGGGAGCACCUAGCCCCUCUGAUGGAAUGAGAUGCCCAGUGGACCCUGGACAUGGUGGCCUCUAUCCAGGCAAGAAUUGGAUGGGGAUGGUCAAUGGAGAGAUACUGGGGGCAAGAAAGGGCCAACACCAAGGGGAUUCAGCCCAUGCAAGCUGGGAGCCAGAGGAUGGGGCCUCUGUCUUAGGAGGCAGUUUCUGCUAGAGAGAAGGCGCUGAUCAGCAGUGGGACCUGAUCCUCUCCUCAUGGCCUGGGGGUGGAGGGAGUCCCCCAGACUAAGCACCGCUUCUGUGGGUGGAGGGAUGGGGUUGGUGCACGGUGCUGUGGGACUCUCUGCACCCAGUUCCUUCUCUUCCUUCUGGGGGCAGCAGCACAUAAUAUGGGGUUGAUCCCUGCGCCCACUUCAAGGUCCGCCCUUCUCAGCCUCAGGGUCGCCUCAUGUACGGUGCCUCUCUGCCAUCCUUCCGCACAGUCCCUCCACUCAGCACCUGCAGCCCUUACUUCUGCUCUCUCAGAAGACCUCACACACCCAGAACCCCAUCUCUCAGCCCUCUGAACUCAGCCCUUUCUCAGCACCCUCCAACAGGCGCUCUGUGAGCCCCCUGUGUUAACUACAUUCAGUUCAGCCCCCCUCCCCUCGUUGUCUUCACUCGGUUUAGCCAUGCUCGACUCCCUUUACCCGCGCUCCAGACCCAGCUGAGAAGAUCCCCGCCAGUCCCCAGCCCGAGGGGAACCCCCAGUCACCCCUCCCAGAAGCCAGGGGGGCCGAGGGCCCGGUGCCCCCCUAAUCGGGCCGGUCCCGCCCCAUCCCGGCGGGCUGAGUCAGGCGGCAGGAACUGGGCGGGGGGCGGCGCCGGGAGGAGCUGAAGCCGGAGCCAGAGUCUCUGGGAGUGAGCACGGAGGCCAGCCGGGCCGGCACCGAGGGGCCCUGGGCCGGCGUGGACUCGGGAGGGCCAGCGCGGGGGUUAGGGGGCUGUCCCGGACCUACCAUGAGCGCCAAGAAGAGAGGGAGCCCCGCGCGGACUCAUUCCAUGAUGUCCCUGUCGGUGCGGCCGCAGCGCCGCCUGCUCAGCGCCCGGGUCAGUAGGAGCCAGUCCUUCGCAGGCGUCCUUGGAAGCCAGGAGCGGGGGCCCAGGAGCUUCCCGGCCUUCAGUCCCCCGGGGCCUCCUAGGAAGCCCCCGGUGCUCUCCCGAGUGUCCAAGAUGUUUUCAGUGGCACACCCGGCCCCCAAGGUCCCGCAGCCUGAGCGCCUAGACCUGGUGUACACUGCGCUCAAGCGAGGCCUGACGGCCUAUUUGGAAGUGCACCAGCAGGAGCAGGAGAAACUCCAAGGACAGAUAAGGGAGUCCAAGAGGAAUUCCCGCCUGGGCUUCCUGUAUGACCUGGACAAGCAAGUCAAGUCCAUUGAACGCUUCCUGCGACGGCUGGAGUUCCAUGCCAGCAAGAUUGAUGAACUGUAUGAGUCAUACUGUGUGCAGCGGCGUCUCCGGGAUGGCGCCUACAACAUGGUCCGUGCCUACAGCACCGGCUCUCCGGGGAGCCGCGAGGCCCGGGACAGCCUGGCCGAGGCCACUCGAGGGCAUCGCGAGUACACAGAGAGCAUGUGUCUGCUGGAGAGCGAGCUGGAAGCACAGCUGGGCGAGUUCCACCUCCGGAUGAAAGGGCUGGCCGGCUUCGCCAGGCUGUGUGUUGGUGACCAGUAUGAGAUCUACAUGAAAUAUGGGCGUCAGCGCUGGAAACUACGGGGCCGCAUAGAGAGUAGUGGAAAGCAGGUGUGGGACAGCGAGGAAACCGUCUUUCUGCCUCUUCUCACGGAAUUCCUGUCCAUCAAGGUGACAGAACUGAAGGGCCUAGCCAACCACGUGGUUGUAGGUAGCGUCUCCUGUGAGACCAAGGACCUGUUCGCUGCCUUGCCCCAGGUUGUAGCAGUGGACAUUAAUGACCUCGGCACCAUCAAACUCAGCUUGGAAGUGACAUGGAGUCCCUUCGACAAGGAUGACCAGCCCUCAGCUGCUUCUACUGUCAACAAGGCCUCUACAGUCACCAAGCGCUUCUCCACCUAUAGCCAGAGCCCACCAGACACACCCUCACUUCGGGAACAGGCCUUUUAUAAUAUGCUGAGGCGGCAGGAGGAGCUGGAGAAUGGGACAGCAUGGUCCCUGUCAUCUGAAUCUUCUGAUGACUCAUCCAGCCCACAGCUCUCAGGCACUGCCCGCCACUCCUCAGCCCCCAGGCCCCUGGUGCAGCAGCCUGAGCCUCUGCCCAUCCAAGUUGCCUUCCGUAGGGCUGAGACCUCCACUUCUGGGCCCAUGGAUGAGGAGGGGGCUGUGGCCCCAGCCCUAGCCAAUGGGCAUGCCCCCUACAGCCGGACUCUGAGCCACAUUAGUGAGGCCAGCGUGGACGCUGCCCUGGCUGAGGCUUCAGUGGAGGCUGCAGACCUAGAAAGUCUAGUCCGGGGACCUAGCCCACCUGCGUGCCCAGUUCCCACCCUUGGGGAGCACCCUGCUCAUGUCCCUCCUGCCCUGGAUGCUGGCCAUUCUGCCACAAACCCCACUCUCAGUACAACAGGCCCUGCCCCAUCUGCUCACCUAGGCUCGGCGAACAAGACCAUAAAUUCUAGCUCUCCUGAACUGCCCACCCAGACCACUACAGGCUCCACCUAUUGUGCCAUGAGCCCUACCCAUAGUGCUCCAAGCCUCAUUCACUGUACCACAGCUUCUACCCACAAGACCAUGGUCUCUAUCCUCACUACCACAGGUCCUACCCCCAGUACCACAGGGCCAGUCCAGACCACAAGUCCCACCCACAAACCAGUGCUUUCUACCCUCACUCCUGCAGCUCCUACCCCCAAUGCUACAGACCCAGUCCAGACCACCACAAGCCUCAGCCACACUGUCACAAACUUGACGCACACUGUCACAAGCGCUACCAACAAGCCCAUGGUCUCUACUCUCAUGACCGCAGGCCCUACAGCCAGUGCCACAGGUCCAGUGCAGACUACCACUAGCCCCACCCACACCACCACAAGCCCCACCCACACCACCACAAGCCCCACCCACACUGUUGCAAGCCCCACCCAUACUACUGCAAGCCCCACCUAUACCACCACAGGCCCCACCCAUACUACUGCAAGCCCCACCUAUAUCACCACAGGCCCUACCCACACUACUGCAAGCCCCACCCACACCACCACAGGCCCCACCCACACUACUGCAACCACUACCCCCAAAGCCAAGAUGUCAACUAACACCACUACACCCAAUGCUAAGGACCCAGUCCAGACCACCAGGAGUCCCACCCAUUCUGUCACAAGCCCCACUCUUAUAACUGUAAGCCCGUCCACUUUUCUAGACUUUGCCAAGCUCUCCAGCCCCUCUGCAGAUACAGACCCACCCCACCUAGGCACUGACCCCCUGUCUGGUAGUUACCUAGCCUCCGCUCCUUGCACUCAGGCAGACCCCAUAUCCCCCAGCACCUCCCAUCCAAGUCCUGCUUGUUCCAGUUGGGAGCCCCUCACAACCCCUUCCCCAGAUCCCCCAGAAGCCAUGCGUCAGAGCCCAAGUCUCCCUCCCUCACCCCUAGCCCCUGUGCCCCAGAAUCCAGACCCUAAAGUGGCCAGGGCUACUCCGGCCCCAGUUCCAGGGGCAGCUGGAGGGGCUGGGGAUAGGAGGCUGGAAGAGGCUCUGGGGGCCCUGAUGGCUGCCCUGGAUGACUAUCGUGGCCAGUUUCCCGAGCUGCAGGGCCUAGAGCAGGAGGUGACCCGGCUGGAGAGUCUGCUCAUGCAGAGACAAGGCCUGACUCGGAGCCGGGCCUCCAGUCUAAGCAUCACUGUGGAGCAUGCCCUGGAGAGCUUCAGCUUUCUCAACGAGGAUGAAGAUGAAGACAAUGACAGUCCUGGGGACAGGCCCCCAAACAGCCUAGCACCUGGGGCUGAGGACAGCCUUGACUCGCCCAGUGCCCGACCCCUCAGCACAGAGUGUCCAGCUCUGGAUGCUGCCUUGGUUCAGCACCUGUAUCACUGCAGCCGCCUCCUGCUGAAACUGGGCACAUUUGGGCCCCUGCGCUGCCAGGAGGCAUGGGCCCUGGAGCGGCUACUGCGGGAGGCCCGAGUGCUCGAAGCAGUAUGCGAGCUCAGCAGGCGAUGGGAAAUACCUGCCACCUCUGCCCAGGAAGUGGUGCAGUUCUCAGCCUCUCGGCCCGGCUUCCUGACCUUCUGGGACCAAUGCACAGAGGGACUCAGCCCUUUCAUCUGCCCUGUGGAGCGGGUGCUCCUCACCUUCUGCAAUCAGUACAGCGCCCGUCUUUCCUUGCGCCAGCCAGGCUUAGCCGAGGCCGUGUGCGUCAAGUUCCUGGAGGAUGCCCUGGGCCAGAAGCUGCCCCGGAGCCAGGCAGGCCCUGGAGAGCAGCUCACCGUCUUCCAGUUCUGGAGUUACGUCGAAGCCUUGGACUGCUCCUCUAUGGAGGCCUAUGUAACUGAGACAGCUGAGGAGGUGUUACUGGUGCGGAAUCUGAACUCGGAUGACCAGGCUAUUGUGCUGAAGGCACUGAGGUUGGCACCUGAGGGGCGGCUCCAAAGGGAUGGGCUCCGGGCCCUCAGCUCUUUGCUUGUCCAUGGGAACAACAAGGUCAUGGCUGCUGUCAGCACUCAGCUCCGGAGCCUGUCGCUGGGCCCCGCCUUCAGGGAAAGGGCCCUGCUGUGCUUCCUGGACCAGCUGGAGGAUGAGGAUGUGCAGACCAGAGUGGCCGGCUGCCUGGCUCUGGGCUGCAUCAAGGCUCCAGAAGGCAUUGAGCCCCUGGUGUACCUCUGCCAGACGGACACAGAAGCCGUGAGGGAAGCAGCUCGGCAGAGCCUGCAGCAGUGUGGAGAGGAGGGACAGUCUGCCCACCGAAGGCUGGAGGAGUCACUGGAUGCCCUGCCCCGCAUCUUUGGGCCCGGCAGCAUGGCCAGCACGGCAUUCUAAACUCCCCACCCAGCGGCCCCCAGUGCCCCUUCCCCGCACCUUCAGGGCUUACCAGGCACUGGCAGGGAGGGUGAGGGCUGGCUCCAGGCAUCCCUCCCUCACAGAUUCCUAUCACUGAAAAUCUAAUAUAUUCUCCUGUUGCCCUUGGGGUUGGUGGAGUCAGUGCCACAGUCAAGUGCCUCCCAGCCUUGGCUCAGCACACUUGCCAUAGAUCGUGUCCUGGGCCUGGCCGUCCUGCCUUUGCCCUGCCCUUGGUUUUGUAUUUUAUUUACAGAGUUUUACAGAAAAUAAAAAAAAAAAGCAGAAAUGCCUUUCCUACA